AUGUCCUCCCAAGCAGCCGGUCCUCGCAGUUCUUCAGGUUCUGCACGGUCCCAGUCAUCGAGGGGCGGAGUGCAGCCCGAUAAGCAACUGUCCCAGAUCGAAAAGAGCGUAACCCAUCUCUUAGUCGCGACCAAACAACUCCUGGAGACCUUAACACAAUGGUCCCGAGGGCAGGCUACGGAGAACGAGGUUUCGGAUGUUUAUGUGCGCCUGGGAUACGAAUUCAACCUGGCCUGUCGAGCGUUUGGGGCUAUCGGAGUUGAUACGGCGGACCUAGGACCUGUGCCCGAUCUUCUUCGGACCAUUCUCGAAGACACUCUCAGUCAAGAUGCUUCGCCACAAAGCCUUGACAGAUACCUGCCGCGGAUUCGAGAUAUCAUUAUCAACUUGCUCCACGGCCUCAAAAAGAAACAGGCACGAUUACGAUCGCGACAGGUGCGGGAAGACAGCAAGCCUUUCCCGGCGAGGCAAGCGAGCGUUGGUAGUCCCGAAGCUGGUGUGCCACAGGCAGCGGAGGAAUCAGUGCCUCAGUCUCCCCAUAAACGGCCUUCAUCAUCACGUCGGUAUGGAAGCAAUGGUUCUCUCGAAAACCAGCCUGCAGCACCAAGAGAUCGAGCGGGUGGCAGCUUUUCCGACCGGGAAGCCUCAAGGCGGGAAGCUCAGAGGGCCCUAACUACGCCCAAUUCAUCCUCGUCCAUGUCGACACCAACGAUGCAAAAUCCCCCUGGCCAGUCGCCUUACUCGGAAAGCGAACCAUCUUCCGGACGGGCUCCUACAUCUUCUGGCUAUCCUCAAGCCUACCCCACACCGCCUCCGCCGCCGCCGCCUCCAAAGCAAGAUGAUGCAUUAGGUGCUUUGCAAAGAAGUGGUGAACUUGAGCGACGUGCCUCCCGCCGAUUUUCAGCAUAUCAAAUACAAAAGCACCUGGGUGGAUCAUCCAACGGGGUUCCCAUGCUUCCAUCCCAGAAUUCUCCCAUGCCGAAUAGAGGUCGCGAUGUGCGGGAAUCUUUGAACGCAGUACGGCUUCGUGGCUCCUACAUUCAUACGAAACAGCGAUCGACAACUCGGCAAGAGUCGUCCCCGAACAGGGCGGGUCAGGCCCCCGCCGCUCCGAGCAUUGCAGAAGAGGGUGAGGAUGGACGCUCUAACCCUCAAGAUGCGCCUCCAGCAGAACGGUCGACCGAAGAUAGCUAUGGAGAUUCGAUCCCGAAGACUCCAGCAGACAAACUUCGUCCUGCGGCGGAAUUGGAUAGUCGCGAUGUCCCUGUUGUUGGUGGCUCUUUACCUGACCUCCCUCGCCUACCCGAAGGAGGCUCUCUCGCCGAGGGUUUUGAGCCCAAUAAAAGCUCAGGACCUGAUGGGGCGGCCACUCCGGCAGCUCAGCGUGGUGGUUCCUCAGCCGCCGUGUCGACUCCUCCUCAAUCUCAACAAUUUAUCCCUGACCAAUCUCCCGCUCCCGGGAAGGAACUUACUUUGUUCUUACAAUACAAGAGCAAGAUCAAGAAAUACGUUAUUCCCGAAGGGUCCACUGGUUUGACACUUGGAAGACUCCAACUGGCUUUCAUUGAAAAGUUUGCAUGGAAUAUCCAUCAGAACGGUGUUGACUUGCCAGAAAUUUAUAUCCAAGACCCUAUAUCUGGAAUUCGACACGAGCUUGAGGAUCUCAAUGACGUCAAGGACCGUUCAGUUCUCGUGCUGAAUGUUGAGGCCCUCGAUGAGGUUAAACGGCAUAUUGAUGAUGGAUUGGGCGGUAUCCGCCGCCUAAUUGAAGGCGUGAAAAGCGCUCUUGACGAGCAAGAAAACGUUAUGCAACGGGUUGCUGAACGUCAAUUGGAAGCAGCAAAAGAAAUGGCCCGCCUCGCAGCAGCUCCUCCAACGUCGAUCUCUGGAGGACCCUCAAAGGGCGGCAGACCGAAAGGAUCAAUUUCAGGCAGCGACAGUCAACUGGCCGAGGUACAGAGCCUUCGACGUGACCUCGCUGUUUUGCGUCAAACGUACUCCAACUUUACCUCAGAUAUUGCGGCGUCGAUGAACAACAUUCGGGCCAAGGCAAGCAGCGUCAAGGCUGCAGCAGAGAAUGUAGCCACACCGUCCUACGAAGGGGAUGCUGGACGUGCCCGUAUCAAUGCUGGAAAGAAAGAACUCGCCGAUGAAUCCGAGAGACUGGUUGGGCGUGUGGAUGACCUCCAAGACUUGGUCGAGGACCUUCGCAAGGAUGUGGUUAGUCGCGGUGUUCGUCCUCUUCCUCGACAACUCGAAGCUGUAAGCAAAGAUAUCAGCGAGGUGACCAAAGAGGUCAAGAAGAUGCAGGAGUUCUUGAAGCGCGAGAAACCUAUCUGGACCAAGAUUUGGGAGAAAGAGCUGCAACUUGUCUGUGAAGAACGGGACCAGCUCACGAUGCAGGAAGAUCUGGCCGCAGAUCUGGAGGAUGAUUUGGAGAAAGCCGCCCAAACAUUUGCUCUCGUCGAGCAGGCGACGCGUCAGCAGAUGGAAAAUGGUAAUGGAAGCAUGCUUCGCAGCACUUCCCGCAAUCUUGCUUUUGACCAAGGUGUGGAUCCUAUGAAAGCAAAGGAUAAUGUUCUCGGCGAGGUUCGUGCCCUCCAACCCAAUCACGAAUCUCGGCUGGAGGCCAUCGAGAGAGCGGAGAAGGCCCGACAGAGAGAGCUCGAGAGCCGGCGAAUGGAUCUGUUCCAGCAAGAGUUGGGCCAGUUCGUGCAAGAAGGGAAGCUGAAGAAGAGUGGAGGUGUGGAGGAGGCCGAGAGAUUGCGUCGAGCCAAAGAUGAGCGCAUCCGAAAAGAGGUCUGGGAAAGGCAGCAGGCCCGAGCGGCGGAAUUGGAACAGAUGGAGAAGGAGGGCUCAGAGUCCGCGCAGCCUGAACAGUCGACGGACGAGACUCAGCGCGAAUCUGCAGAAGCUGAGAAAACAUCGGAGACUGCAGGCGCGGAACCGGCGCAAGAAGAAUCAGCUGAAAAGCCCGCAGCUGAAGAAGCUGGUGAACACAACAAGGAAGAGCCUGCAAAGGAAGAAAGUGCGGCAGAUCCUCCUGUACCAUAUGUGGGCCUGACAGGUACUGCAAUCAGCGUCCCCGAGCAAGCGGAAGUCAUGGCUGCCGUCCAUCUUCUCCAGCUAGAGGUCUGA